AUGUUUAUCCUAACCACCAUAUCGGACUUGAUCCAAAUUUCGCCCGAGGAUUUCUCAAAGUUCAGUGCAGUCGCACUUGAAGACAACAUCAAUGCAAAAUACGCCAAUAAAGUCAUUCAAAAAAUUGGCCUUUGCAUCAGCUUCUAUGACCUACUUGAGUCUUCUGAUGGCCUGAUUGGCCACGGAACUGGGCUGGUUAAUGUUAACGUUAAAUUCCGCAUGAUUGUUUUCCGUCCCUUCAAAGGGGAGAUCAUGUUAGGAAAAAUUUCUAGCGGCACAGAACAUGGAAUCAAGAUUGGCCUUGAAUUCUUUAAUGACAUUCUAAUCCCGCCCCAAAUGCUUAUGGAGAAGUCUCGAUUCGACUAUGCCGAGCAGGUAUGGAUCUGGGAGAGCGAAGGUGGAACCGAAUUCUUCUUCGAUGUAGGAGAAGUUGUUCGAUUCCGAGUUGAAUCAGAAGAGUGGCAUGACCAAAUCCCUAAUGCGCCAGACGUUGCGGAUGAAACUCCACAGGACAGGCGCCCUCCUUAUUCUAUUCUUAAGAUCUACAAGCCGGAAAGUGCCGAACACUCCGAUACUCCGACUGAUCGGAGUAUCCAACUUAUUCUCCGAGCAGAGUUGCCGCCCGCCGGUGGAGUUCCGUCGGUCUUUCGUCCAGUCGCAGUCCUGCGAUCGAUCGUCAUCUGCCUCCCAACGGUUGGUAGUAUGUAA